CAAUCAGUUUUCGGAGACGAGUUUUAGUUUAGUUUAGAUUCAGAAUUUAAUUUAAUAACAAGGACUAGUAAAACAGUGUCCAAUAAUAUAUUAAAAAUUUAUUUAUAGCGCGAUGCGUGUAAAAUGGCAAUUUUCAAAAACGCAUGCAUUGUGAGAUAAUUAUGUGAGCAUGCUAUUAAAAAUUCAAAACAAAUAGAUGUGUAGAUAGAUAAUUAUGAUAUCAAAUUUAUAGAAAAUGAAAAUUUUAUUUCAUUAGAAGUGCUUGAAAGUGUGAAAAAAAGGAAAAAGAAAUUUUAUUUAAUAUUGAGUGAUUAGCAAGUAAGCACGAAUUAUUCGUGUGUUGUGUGUGAUUAUUGAAUUAUUUAAAAAAAUAUAAAAAAAAUCAAAUCUCAAGGAAAAAAAAAUAGCUCAAAUCAAGUGAAUUAACAAAUAGCACUUUAAAAAAAGUGUGAUAAAAAAAAAUUUCAUCAUUUUUUUGUGAAUUAUAAAAAGAAUUAAUCUUGAGUUUUUUAAUGACAUUAUUGGGCAGUGCCCCCGGAAUGGCAUUUAUGAUGAAGAAAAAAAAGUAUAAAUUUGAAUGUGACUUAAAUCUAGAAGAGAUGAUUGAAGUGCCAUUUUUGAAUGCUGUGCUGUUUGCAAAAAUUCGUUUAUUGGAUGGAGGAUUUCAGGAGAUAAGUAAUAGAGAGGAAGUAAAAGCUCACACAGUAAAAUGGGGACAGCACUUUCGAUUUCCAUGUAAGAUGUCAGCAAAUGCAUCAACAGGUGUACUCGAUCCAUGUUUAUUGAGAAUUUCAAUACGUAAAGAGAUAAAAGGUGGACGUAGUUAUCAAAAAUUAGGAUUUGUUGAUCUUAAUCUUGCUGAGUAUGCAGGACAAGGAUUGAAAUCAAAGAAGACAAUUUUGGAAGGUUAUGAUACUAGAUGUCGACAAGAUAAUUCAAUGCUCUUAGUGACUAUUAAAAUGCACAUGAUAAGUGGUGAUAUUUUAUUUAAAGUUCCUUCCUCAAAAGUAAGCCAGUUGCCAUCAGACGAUGAUUUAGAGAUGAGAACAGCUACACCAUCACAACCGCCGUCAUCAACUCUCGGCACAUCAUCUACAAAUCCGACAAUAUCAACAAGACAGACAGCAAACUCAAAAGAUGAUUCCUCAAUUGCUUCAGGAUCAUCAGGUUGUGGUUCAUUGACGAAGAAGAAUAAAACACAAGUGACAUCAGAUUACCAACCAUCCAUAGAUAUUGAUCCUCAGUCAAUCGUCUCAUCAAUAAUAACUGACUCAGGAAUAUCUGACGUGUCAGAGACACCACAAAUAUCAACAAUUUUCGAUCGCUCAUCCAUUAUAGGAACUGUUAAUAAUAAUACAAAUACAAAUGCUCAAACACAACAACAGCAACAACAAAAUCAACUUCAACAGCAGCAACAAAAUAUUGGUGAGAUGGGUCACUCGAGAAAUUCCAGUAAUACUAGUCAAAUGUCCAAAGGUUCUGGCUACAGUAGCAGUAUAUCAGAGCGACAGCACUCACGACAAAGUUCUGAUGGCGAUUCAGGUCAUACGAGAUACACACGUGCAACGUUCCAAAAAAGUGGAUCAUUAUCGAGCUGGUAUGAAUCUCAAGCCCGUGAAAAAAUGAUUCACAGACGUCGUGAGUCGCACUCAUUAAAGCUACAAAUAAUUCAUAUAAAUCGUAAGCAGCUAUCAAUUUGUAGAUCGCCAGAGUCACCAACAAAUGAAAUGUACAGAACACCAAAUAGCACAUUAGAUGGUGACGAUGAUUCUGGUUUUGAUGUCUUUUGCACGCCAACAGCUGAUUUGACUUUAAUGAAAAUGAAGAGUAUGAAUAACUUACAUGAUGUGAUGCUUACAAACGACUUAACUUUAUAUAGAAUGAAAUCGCUGUCACAGCUAAAUGAUAGUCAUGACAAUACGCCAAUUGAUCUUAUGCGUCUUAAACGUGAUUGCGAGAUGAAUCAAUGUAAUGAUGCUAAAAUACAUUCAAUGAAUAAUUUAAAUGGUAACGAUUCGGACGAAAUUGAUGGAUUUAUUUCGCGUCGUCAUCAUAGUGAUAAUAGUUCCUCACCGAUACAUGUGCCAUAUGAGAAAAAUCGAUUGUCGUUACAAACGCCUAAGAGGAGAGUCGGCAAUACGAAAUAUGUUGGUGCUGAUUCAUUUAAUGACACCAAUAAUACACAUAAUUAUCAUCUAAUGAAAAUACAUUCUAUGGGCACGAUAUCGGAUAUUGUAAAUAAUAAUAUGAAAUCAUGCGAUCCAUUUUGGAAUGGACGAAUUAAAAAUAAUACAAUGAAUGGACAUAGUAAGAAGUUUGAUAACCGAUUUAUAGUUCCAAUAAAAUUGGAAGAGAAAUAUGAUGAGACGAAUGGAAAUGCCAAUGAUAAUGAUGAAGUCUUCAAAGUGCCACAAAUUAACCAAAUGAUUCCGUUGCGAAAGGAAAAGUCGUCGUCGUGUAUUGAGAGCAUGAAAAAUCGUGGAUCAACACUUUACGAUCGACUUAGGAAUAGUCUACAUCGUCGAUUACUUGAUGGAAGUCCACGAAUGUCGACGUUAAAUUCAACAAAUUCGCCAAAUGAUUCUAGUCAAAAUAUUACCACAGAUGUGAGCUUAAGUGCUUCCAUAAACGGCGAUAACUUCCCAAUUAUACUUUCGUCCAUGCCCUCGGGUACAUCAUCCUUACAUCUAAGAAGGCCAAGUUCAAAUAUGAAUCCAAGCUCUGGAUCAAUACAGAUUAGUGAGACAGGGUCAUUAGAUCGUGCCACAAAAGCUCAAGCUGAACGACGAAAGAAAGUUUAUGAAGAUUUACCGACUAUUACAGGACGUGUGGAGAACACGAGAGUCAAUCCUGAUAAGACGAUUGAUGAAUUGUUUGCGACACAUAAACUCGAACAGCUCGAAGAAGACCCAGAACAUCGUGGAGGUUUAAAACUUGUGAUUGGACGUGACGGAAAGGCCGUACUUGGAAAUCAUGGAACGUCACAGCAACAAACGUUGAGGAUCAUGGACAGUUCGAGAUAGUAGCAACUCUCAUUUAAUGAAAAGCUGAUCAUCGUCGUUAAAAACCCACCAAAGUUUAAAUUCUGUUAUUAUUUUAAAUUUAAUUCUAUUUUGUUUUCCCUACUUCCGUGAAAAGGAAAUAAAUUAUAAUCCACGAGAUUCUUUUUUGUAUUUGUUAUGAAAAAUUUUAUGAUUUUAUUUUUGUUUUUCUGUUUUGGAACUCUUUUGAUUUUAGAAUUUUCUACGGUUAAAAACUAGUUUAAGUAGGAAAGGUUUGGUCAGGUGGGUGAAAAUAAUUUUUUAAAAAUAUUUUUUUUUGGACUUUGAUGCUUGCAAUUGGAGAAUUAUUGAUAUUUUAAGCUCUUUCUCAAUUUUGAAUUAUUUUUAAGAAUACCAAAAUCUGUAAGUUCAAAAUUCUGUGAAAAUAAUUUCAAGCAGUGAAAUUCUGAUGCCUAGACUUAAUUAUUUAACCCAAAAUGUAGAUUGUUGUUGACGAGGCACCUCUGUAUGGUUGUGUCCUGACGGUUGUCUGACAGUAGCUUAUCAAGAUUAACAGCAUUCAAUUCUAUAGAUUUGGAUGCAAUUUUUUGAUUAUAGUCCAGAAGACAAAAACUUUUAGUACUCUACUGCUGCAGCAUGCUGUCUGACACCAAUAAUCUAGAAUUAAGGCUCGAGUCAUUUCAUUAAGACUUACUAGAGUAGCUUUAAAUAAAAAAAAUGCUCUUUCUCAAUCUGUAACCAAAGCUGUAAAACUGU